CAGGAGGUUGACCCCCAAAAACCCUCGGCAACAUGGCGCUUGGCGCGUGUUACGCGGCCUCGAGGUGCUUCGCACACAAACAAAAAAGUCAUAUCAAGGUAGGUAAUAGAACAUGCAUUUUAAUAUGCGCGACAUCGGCGAUAACUCCCGCGUACGCGGGUCCCCGCAACGGGGGGCUCAGUCAGCGUCAAUCCUUGGCACCACGCGAGUUUCCAUUCAUUCCCUCAACACCACACAAAACUAUCAUCACUUCUUCCCUUACCCACCUUGGCGCCGAGUCAGGGAUAAUCUACACUCCCCCCCAACCCCUAAGCCCGACCACACCACACCACCAAAAUGUCAACGCCCAACCCCCAACCAUACCCCUACCUCCCGCUCGACCCCUCAACCCACGAAAUCCGCCUCCUCACCCUCUCCUACCCCCCAAACCCGCCACCGUCAACCAACCCCCCAACCCCUCCCCCCUCCUCAGCACCAACCUACACCCUCACCCUAACCCACGCCGCCCUCUCCCCAUCCCCCCCCUCCACCACCCACCCCCCAGUAAAGUUCACCGCCCUCUCCUACGUCUGGGGCCUCCCCACCACCACCACGGCCCUCCCCCACCUGACCAUCAACACCCUCCCCGUCCCCGUCACCCCCAACCUGCACAGCGCCAUCACCCGGUUAGCACGGCAGCGCUGGGCGGGCCACCUGUGGGUGGACGCGCUGUGCAUCAACCAGGCCGACACGGCCGAGAAGAACACCCAGGUGCCGCUCAUGAGCCGGAUCUAUGGUGCCGCCGAGGGGGUGCUGGUCUGGUUGGGGCCGGAGGGGGAUGGGGCGGCGCUGCGUGUGGUGCGGGAUUUGGGGGGGUUGUUUCGCGAGCAGGUGCGGGAGAGGUUGGGCGGGGUGGGGGAUGCGGGGAGGGUGGAGGCUUUUGUGAGGACGGUGAGGGGGUUUGCGGUUACUGAGGGGGGUGGUGGUGGUGAUGGGGGGACGGUGGGGUUUCAUUUUGAGGCGGUUUGGCGGCUGUUUAGGGGGAGGGUGUGGUGGCGGCGGGUGUGGAUUAUUCAGGAGGUGGUGCUCGCGCGGAAGGCGGUGGUGAUGUGUGGUGCGGAUCCCGAGGCGGGGGUGACGUCUGUGGACUGGGAGGAUGUCAGCGAGUGCACGAGUGAUGAUGGCGCAAUUCAAGCCACCGAUCCGCGAGACAGGAUCUACGGCCUUCUCGGGAUGGUGCGCGAGAAAGACCGGCGCAGAAUCCCCAUCGACUAUUCCCCAGCCAUGACGAUCAACAAGGUCCUUUUCGCUGUCGGCAAGGUGCUCCUCGAGAACCACGGCCCCGAUAUUCUCUGUUUCUGUCAGAAGACACCUCAGGUCAUGCCCGUCAAUGUGAAAGACAAACUUCCCUCCUGGGUGCCCGAUUGGACGGCCCCACGCAUGAUGCCCCAAAUCGGCGGCGUCUCUUUCGGCACCGAGAGCGAGGCCCAGUCACGCGGUGAUGCCAGCGGCGGGGCCCGCUGGCGAGACUGGGCUCCAAAAAGCCGGGUUGGACACCUCGUCUACGAAAACCCCGUGGUUUCACUGCCGGGAGUUAUCGUGGGGCGGGUUCAAAAGGUUGGACGAGUGUUCAAAGCAGCCCCUGGAUCGCCCGCGUAUCUGAAUGAGUGUCACGACUGGUUGCUGGAGGUUGACCAGAUGGUGAAAGAAUGUGCUAGUGUCGUUCGGGAUGUUGACAAGGAGACGUGGCGAGUUCCCAUCGCCGAUAUGGGCCUCGUGAAGCGAGCAGACGCCGAGGACCCCAACCGAUUCAUCCACGGAUUUAAUGUCUUGACAGGCCGGGAAUCACCUCCACUGGAUCUGGACGGUGAGGCAGCUAAACAAGACUGGAUGAUGUCCGAGUCCUGGGAUUAUCGUCGGGUAUGGAAGGUCUACAACAGGCGGGCACUGAUUGACGAUAGCGGGCGGCCUGGCCUAGGACCAGAGAAUACGGCCGUAUCCGACGAGAUUGCAGUGCUUGCCGGAGCGCAUGUACCCUUCGUCCUCCGAGGGGAGCUAAGCCAGAUAAAUGCCAGCACUCCGCCGCGGUAUCAACUUGUCGGCCCAACCUAUGUCUUUGGGCUGGCGGAUGGGGGAGGGAUCAAGGAAGGAAAAGCGUUCGGCGAAAUUGAGCUCCGCUAA